UGGAUGAAACACAGAGUUCUGCACACGAUGACAGACGGGAAGCAUCGUGAACUUUACGAGGACAUGUUGGAGAGUUCUUCAGAUGGAUUAAGCUCAAGGGGGUAAACUGGAGUGAACGACGGGAAGAAGUGCAAGAAGAAAGAACUUUUUUAAUGGACUUCAAUGAUUAGGAACGACCAUCACAGAAGCCACCAUGACCACAAACAUCUCUUCCCAGACUCCCAGCGGUUCCCUAAAUCCCAACAACGAGUCCUGUGUGGAUCCGAAGGCGCUUCAGAGCCCUUUGGCGGUUCUCUACUCUAUAAUCUUCAUCCUGGGACUCGUUGGGAACCUCGUGGCUUUAUGGGUCUUCUUCUCCGUUGGCUCCAAGAAGAACUCUGUGCGGGUGUUCCUCAUAAACGUUGCGUUCGCUGAUCUGUUGCUGGUUGUGUGUUUGCCGUUCAGAAUCUUUUAUCACAGCCGAGGGAACGAGUGGACGCUUGGACCCACGCUGUGUAAAGUUGUAGGGAAUUUCUUCUAUAUGAACAUGUAUAUAAGCGUCACUUUGCUAGGUCUGAUCAGCGUGGAUCGGUACCUGAAGAUCCACAGAGGGACAGGGGUGCAGUACCAGCUGCGGUCCACCAGGGGGAGCUGGUUUCUAUGUGCGGGGGUUUGGAUCAUCGCCUUCACUCUCAUCACGGUGCUCCUGGUGUCCAAAAACCCCUCUGAGCAGGACAG